GGGAGGUCUUGCAUUUUAUCGAUGGAUGUACGGAUUUGAGAGGUUUUACGGGAGUUGAAAAAAAGGUGACAAAUAAAGAACACGUGGGAGCUUCUAUCUGCCAAGCAUACAUCACAGAAGAAGUUUCUACAUUUCCCCCCUUCUAUUUUGAAAGAGAAGUCAUGACUAAGCGAAAAAGACCUGCCAGAAAUGACGAUAUUGAUCCGGGAUUGUAUGACCAAAUGAUUUCAAUCUUCAACUAUCCUUGGAAAGGUUAUGGUAGAAGAACGCACCGUCAUGUAGUGGGAGAUGAGUUCCGCAUUGCACACACCUACAUUUGAUGAAUUGUCCAGAAGUUACUCCCUUCUACAAGUAUGAUAAUUAUGAAAUUACUUCAUCAUUUAUUUCUCAAUCUAACUUACAUUUUGAUGAAC